AUGGCAGCGUCGUCUUCACUGCCCGAUCUGCCACCCAAUUACCUCAAGGCCCUCGAGCUGAUCGACGAGGCCCACAAGCAAGAUCCCAGGCCAUCGUCCGUUGAAUCGGUUCCUUUUGAGCUUCACUAUGCCCAGAAGAUGACGCGCUGGCUCGCCGUCAGGUCUCCGGCGGCCCCUCCGGUCCUACAACUGGCCUGCCGAGCCCAACAUUUCAGGAGAUGGGAAAUCCCGCGCAACACAUACCCAAUGACCCGUCCGGGCUACCUCACCUGGCGCGCGAAGCUCAAGUCCCAAGCCGCCGCUCAGGUGGCUGAGCUCCUCGCCUCAUCGCCCGGCAUCCAGCCCGCCAUCCCCCAGGAGGACGUCGACCGCGUGGCGGCACUUAUCCGCAAGGAGAACCUCAGCAAGGACGAGGAGACGCAGGUGCUUGAAGACGUGGCAUGCCUCGUCUUCCUCGACGAUCAUUUUGACGACUUUGAGAGCAAAGAGGAGGUUGACGAGGAUAAGAUUAUUGGCAUCCUGCGCAAGACGUGGGCCAAGAUGAGCGAGGAGGGGCACGCGCUGGCGUUGAAGAUGAAUCACAGCGAAAGGGCAUUGAGUCUGAUCGGCAAGGCUUUGGCGGGUGAUGACGAGCUCUAUAUCCGUGCAUCUUUAGCGAGCGAGAGAAUCUCCCCGCGGGCCCUGAGGGUGCAAUCCACCCCCGCCUGCAUGGGGGGCGGCCAUCAUCCAAGGGCAAUUGCCAGAGUCGCAUCAAAAGGGAAACCCGGGGAGGACGGCACGCUGCAGCCCCACCAUCCCGAGGGACCCUCUCGGCGCAAUACCGCCCGAAAUCGACUACCCCCUUCGGCCCCGGGACAUGUCAGACUACGCCUUGGCGCCCGGCCCGCGACGACAUACAAAGACGGUGAUGCAAGUCUUCACCUCUCAACAUCAUCCCUCUUUCUGACGCCAUUCUUCUACCCAUCUCACCUAUACUCCUAUGAUAAGAACAUGCCCCCUCUUACACUGACGCCGGCCGAGGUAUCAAAACACAACCGCCUCGACGACCUCUGGCUCGCAAUCGACGGCGCCGUCUACGACUUCACAGACUUUGUUCGCGAACACCCGGGCGGCAUCGCCGUGAUUCUCAAGUGCGCAGGCAAAGACGCCACUGAAGUCUACUCUGAAGUCCACGGGCCCAACCUGGUCAAGUCGACCAUUCCCACCUCGCACCACAAGGGCGUCCUACCCCCGGGAGCCAUCAUGGCGAAACCUCAACCUCACAAGUGGCCGCAGCAGCAGCAGCAGCAUCGAGAUCCAUCCCAAAAACAAGACAGCCAAAUACCACCAACACCACCAACCAUGCCCUCGAAACCUCCCCUCACAACCCUCAUCAGCGCCCACGACUUCGAAUCCGCAGCCUCCACCUCCUUCUCCCCCAAAGCCUGGGCCUUCGUCUCCUCCGCCGCAACAGACCUCUUCACAAAAACCCGCAACGCGACCCUCUACUCCCAAAUCACCCUCCGCCCCCGCGUCCUCGUCGACGUCGCCGCCGUCUCCACCGCCACAACCAUGCUCUCCCACCCGAUGCGCGCCCCCAUCUUCUGCCCGCCCACCGCAAUGGCCCGCCUCGUCCACCCCGAAGGCGAAAAGGAACUCGGCCGCGCCUGCAAAUCCGCCGGCGUCCCGCAGUGCGUCUCCGUCUCCGCCUCGUUUCCGCUCGAGGACAUCCUCGCCGCCCAGCGCGAGCACAAACCCGCAACUCCCUACGACGUCCCCGUCUUCUUCCAGCUCUACGUCGACAAGAACCGCGCCAACUCGGAACGCCUGCUGCGCUCCGCCCAAGCACAGGGCGUGAAAGCCCUCUUCCUCACAAUCGACGCCCCGAUCCCCGGAAAACGCGAGGCUGACGAGCGCGUGGCCUCCGACGAGUCCCUGGGCUCCCCCAUCUCCGGCGCCCGCGCCGUCAACGACGCCAAGGGUGGCGCCCUCGGCCGCAUCAUGGGCAGCUACAUCGACGCCUCGGUGAGCUGGUCCGACAUUGCCUGGCUGCGCCGCACCGUCCCGGGUCUCCCCAUCGUCCUCAAGGGCGUGCAGACGUGGAUGGACGCCGAGCGGGCCGUCGAGGCCGGUGUCGAGGCCAUUGUCCUCUCCAACCACGGCGGGCGGAGCCUCGAUACCUCCCCUGCGACCAUCAUGGUGCUGCUGGAGCUGCAGAAGAAUUGCCCGCACGUGUUUGACAGGGUCGAGGUGUACGUGGACGGCGGCAUCUCGCGUGGGACGGAUAUCUUCAAGGCCUUGUGUCUUGGUGCUAAGGCCGUGGGUGUUGGGAGGGGUUUGUUAUAUGGGCUUAAUUAUGGUGCUGAGGGCGUGGAGCGAUACAUUGAGAUCCUGCGAGACGAACUGGAAACGACGAUGAAAAUGUGCGGUGUCACAAACCUAAACCAAGUCCACCCAGGUUUCCUCAAUACCUUUGCCGUGGACCACCUCAUCCCGGGACGACAUGAUAAUCCAAAUACACCCUGGCGCCGUGAUCUACACAGCAAGCUGUAA